CAGGUCUCGGGCCCUCAGGCGGAGCGGCGGGCGCCGGACCCCCAGGUGGAGCGACAGGUCUCGGGCCCUCAGGCGGAGCGGCGGGCGCCGGACCCCCAGGCGGAGCGACAGGUGGAGCAACAGGUCUCGGGCCCUCAGGCGGAGCGGCGGGCGCCGGACCCCCAGGUCUCGGGUCCCCAGACGAAGCGGCGGGCACCGAGUCACCAGGCACGACAGUGGGCACCGAGUUGUCUGGCAAGACUGCGGGCACCGAGUUGUCUGGCAAGACUGCGGGCACCGAGUCGUCUGGCAAGACUGCGGGCACCGAGUCGUCUGGCGGAACAGCGGGCAUCGAGUCAACUGGCGGGACUGCGGGCACCGAGUCGUCUGGCAAGACUGCGGGCACCGAGAGUCGUCUGGCGGAACUGCGGG